CUGCUCCGUGGACUUUCUUACACUGAGUUUCAAGACUGCACGAAACCAUCAAUUGCGUGAUUAUUGACGAAGGAGAAAUCGGGACACCGCCACCACUUUCUAGUUACCGAGUACGGAAAUCCAGCGACAGUAGUUAUCAUCUAAUGGCCACGAAGAACGGCGGAUCCGCCACGGCACCGCCUCGUCCGACGAUCACUCUCCCACCUCGGCCUUCCAUGGAGGCCUUCUUCUCCGGGGGGCCAGGCGCAAGCCCUGGUCCGAUGACACUCGUAUCCAGCUUCUUCACGGAUAAUUACCCUGACUCUGACUUUCGGUCCUUUUCUCAGUUACUCGCCGGAGCUAUGGCUUCUCCGCUUGCUCUCGGUGCGAGGCCCAGCUUGUUCCCGGAAAAUUCCACGGACAAUUCCUCCAAAGAAGCUACUGCUGAGGAUCGGGGCCAGAAGAAUUCGGGUUUUAAGCAGAGUAGACCCAUGAAUCUGGUUAUUGCGCGUUCACCAUUGUUCACCGUUCCACCUGGGUUCAGCCCUUCUGGGUUGCUUAACUCACCGGGUUUCUUUCAGCCGCAGAGCCCCUUUGGGAUGUCCCAUCAGCAGGCUUUGGCACAGGUUCAGGCUCAAGCUGCCUUGGCACAAUCUCAUUUGCAUAUGCAAGGUGAUCAUCAACAAUCUGCCAUUACAGCUGCUGGUGAACCAUUGAUAGUACAGCAGGCAUCUUUUGUUCCAAGUGAAGCUUCAGACCAGCAAGUGGCACCAUCUGCAUCAGAUUCUAGAAGUGCUCAAAUGGAGACUUCAGAUAUUUCUCACACUGAUAAGAAAUAUCAACUGUCUUCCUUAGCCAUUGAUAAACCUGCAGAUGAUGGCUACAAUUGGCGUAAGUAUGGGCAGAAGCAGGUUAAAGGGAGUGAGUACCCACGGAGCUACUACAAGUGUACACAUCUGAAUUGCCCUGUAAAGAAGAAGGUUGAGCGUGCUCCUGAUGGGCACAUUAUUGAAAUUAUAUAUAAAGGCCAGCAUAAUCAUGAACUGCCUCAGCCAAACAAGCGUACUAAAGAUAAUUCUGAUUUAAAUGGAAAUACAAACAUUCAAGUUCAGUCUGACUCGACUACACAAGGCUGGGUGGGAAAUUUAAAGAAGUUUGGUGAAAGUGUGCCUGAUCAUUCAGUGCCAGAGAGUGAUCCCUCAUCUAAUCAAGGUGCUCACAGGCAACUAACUGGAUCAAGUGAGAGUGAGGAAGGGGGUGGUGGUGAUAUAAGGGAAGAGGAGGGAGACGUCAGUGAGCCAAACCCCAAGAGAAGGAACACUGAUCCUGUGACUUCUGAAGCACCUGUGUCUCACAAGACUGUUACAGAACCCAAAAUCAUUGUGCAAACAAGAAGUGAAGUUGAUCUUCUGGAUGAUGGCUACAGGUGGCGCAAGUAUGGGCAAAAAGUGGUAAAAGGAAAUCCCUAUCCAAGGAGUUAUUACAAAUGCACCAGUGCAGGAUGCAAUGUGCGUAAGCAUGUUGAAAGGGCUUCAACAGACCCCAAGGCUGUCAUAACUACCUACGAGGGAAAACAUAACCAUGAUGUUCCUGCUGCUAAGACCAGCAGCCAUAACACAGCCACCAGCAAUUCAAUGCCAGUAAAACCACAGAGAGUGGUGCCUGAAAAACAUCCUUUGCUUAAAGAUAUGGAUUUUGGAAAUAAUGGCCAAAGACCGGUUGCUUUACGCUUGAAAGAGGAGCAAAUCAUAGUAUAGUUUGAUGUAGAUAUGGAUUUUGGAAAUAAUGGCCAAAGACCGGUUGCUUUACGCUUGAAAGAAGAGCAAAUCAUAGGAUAGUCUGAUGUCAAGAUCAGUUGUGCAACUUUCUGGUUAACUCAUCUAGGUUCUCGGUGUGUAACACUUCCCUUAUACAUCCAAGUUAAGGGAUUCUCAUUAUACCAUGUCGUUCACAAUCACGUGUGAAGAUUACUGCAUCUAAUAUCUCAGCGUGAUUAUAGUCUAUCAGGCUGUUCCUGGUACUGUCUAAUCCUCCUUCAAAGUAGAGCACAAAGAAAAAUUGGGAAGCUGGAUUCGCAUCGAAAGUUCACACAAUUCUUUGGCUUAUUGUUACCUUGUAAACUUUCAAACCUCUUGUAAUUUGUUUUUCAUAGGAUGCUGUUCAGUUCAAUGUAUUAUAUUUAUAUCCUCGUAUUUGGUGGUAGUGCAUUGUAAUGAACAAGAAUGUUCCAUGUGCUUGCAAAUUUUUGAACAGUUGAUUUUAUAAUUUUAUGAUGUAUAGUUAUUCAA